UUAUAAAUACAGUGAUCGCUUUAUAGGCCCUUCAUUACCCCCCAACAGCAUUUGUCAAAGUAAUGCAGUUAUCUGGAAGGGUGUCCCCCGAAUCUUUCAUUUCGAGAAAAACCUUGAACUUACCAUUGAAGGUCGUGUCUCGGGUGGCCUAAUAACGAUACUAUCAACCGAUAAUGAAGGCAUGAUCUUGACUGAUAUUGCUAUGUAUCCACCAGAACUUGCUGAUCAGAUGACGUUUAUGACGAAUAGAGAUGGAGAGACUAUGCAGGUAGUCUUACGAAUGCCUCCAGAGAUGGCUCAGCGGUUAGAUGACGAAUGUAUCAGUGUUCACCUCGAAAUUAGGAUCCCCUCUACUAUUGAACGAUUCGUAAUGAACGUGAAAAAUGUUGAAGUGCAACUGCACCCCUCUGUGACUCAUGUCGAUCAUAUGGAAAUCAAGACGUCUAAUGGCGAAUUGGCUAUGAAGGAUUGGACUGGGAGUAUCCUUCGUUUAGCUACAACACAGGGCAAACUUAAGGUUGGACGCCUGGUAGCAGAGGAUUCAGUGAUGCUAGAGAAUAGUAAUAGUAUGAUUGUCGCUACUGAUCGAGUCGAAGCUAAAAGAGAGGUUCAGAUUAAGAAUGUAAAUGGUCAUAUCAGGGCCUCAAGUGAAAUAUAUGCACAUGAUACUAUCUUUAUCGAAUCCAGUAAUCAAGCUAUUCAACUGGGCAAUAUUGUCGCUGAUCAUGUCUCGAUUCGUACCUCUAACGGGAAGUUGUUCAUAGAUUCAAUACAAGCUAAAACUCAAAUAUUGACUCAAACUUCAAAUGCGCCCAUUUCACUUUCUAUUCUUGGAGACAAAAAUAAUAAAGUGAAUGUGUUAACAAGUUUCUAAAGCCAAAUAGAUUUGGAGGAAGAUUUGUUUUCAGCACAUCUCAUGGAGAAGUUCUAAUUGAUGGUGAAGAUAAUAUUGAAUAUGAAUAUAAUAUUAGCUAUCUUAAGCAAGGUGUUAGAAAAGGUACAGGUGAUAAAGGGGACCUUACUGUUCAGACGAGCAAUGCUAAUGUUCAAGUUUCAUUUGAUGUUUAAUAUAAAUAAAUAAUACAUAUUCAUUAUAUAUAUGCAACAUGCUUAUUAAUAUGACUAUAACUAUGAAUUUUUUUUUUUAAAAAAAAAAAAAAAAAAA